AUGGCCGCAGAACCCAAAACGAUGACGUUGAAGCUGUUGAUAGACACCAACGGCAAAAGAGUCCUCUUCGCCGAAGCAGAUAAGAAUUUCGUCGAUUUCCUCUUUCAGAUUCUCUCUCUCCCUGUAGCCACACUCGUCAGUCUUCUCAGAAACCAAGUAGACAUGGGCUCACUGCCAAACCUAUACGACGGCAUCAAGAAUCUCAACAAUUCUUACAUGCAGUCACACGAUAAGAAGUUAUCCCUUUUGAAACCGGUGCCCCUCUUCAUCGUGCUAGGUUCGAUUGUUCCCCGCCGCGACGACGAAGCAAGAAAACCCUACGUAUGCGACUCAUGUUACCUAUACGCCUCUGUAGAGCCGGGCACGUUUUGUCCCGACUGCAAGGUGGAAAUGGAGCAGAUGACGAUAUCUUACGUGGGCCCCCCUCCGCCGCCUGAUGAAACUGGGUUCGUUAAGGAUAUGGUGACUUACAUGGUGAUGGAUGACUUGGUUGUCGCGCCUUUGUCGACUACGUCGAGCUUCGCUUUGCUCCAUAGAUUUAAUCUUACGGAUAUCAGUGCCGUGGAGGAAAAAGUUGUCGAGUUUGGCUUGGAUGAGGUAUUUACUUACAGCUUAGCUACAUUUUCUUACAAAGAAUCUUUUAAUUACUACUAA